GUGCUGUAGGUUACUCUGCUGUUUCUGUCCCUGCAUUGCAGCCCAGCGCUGGCUGCUGGAAGUCAAACCCAAAUGGCGACGUCCAGCCCCAGCAGUAACCCAGCAGCAGCCUCCAGCCUGAGCAGCAGCAACAGCGCGCAGCACCACUCGACCCAGAGCCAGCACAUCAGCAGCAUGAGCACCAUGAGCAGCAUGCAAGGUAAACGUAAAGCCCUGAAGUUAAAUUUUGCCAAUCCUCCAGUCAAACCUGCUUCCAGAAUCACUCUGAACACUGCUGGACUUCCUUUCCAGAACCCACACAUAGAGCGGCUGCGGACACACAGUAUCGAGUCGUCUGGGAAGCUGAAGAUCUCUCCGGAGCAGCACUGGGACUUCACAGCCGAAGACCUGAAGGAUCUCGGCGAGAUCGGCCGAGGAGCGUAUGGCUCCGUCAACAAGAUGGUGCACAAACCCAGUGGACAAAUCAUGGCCGUCAAACGGAUCCGGUCGACGGUAGACGAGCGCGAACAGAAGCAGCUGCUGAUGGAUCUGGAUGUGGUCAUGAGGAGCAGCGACUGUCCCUACAUCGUCCAGUUUUACGGGGCUCUUUUCAGAGAGGGGGAUUGCUGGAUAUGCAUGGAGCUCAUGUCUACCUCCUUCGACAAAUUCUACAAAUACGUUUAUUCCUCUUUAGACGAAGUGAUUCCAGAGGAGAUUUUAGGGAAAAUCACAUUAGCUACUGUGAAAGCACUUAACCACUUAAAAGAAAACUUGAAAAUUAUUCACAGAGACAUAAAGCCAUCAAAUAUCCUCCUGGACCGGAAAGGCAACAUUAAGCUGUGUGAUUUUGGCAUCAGCGGGCAGUUGGUCGACUCCAUCGCCAAAACCAGAGACGCAGGCUGCAGACCGUAUAUGGCACCAGAGAGGAUAGACCCCAGCGCUUCCAAACAGGGUUAUGAUGUGCGCUCAGACGUCUGGAGUUUGGGAAUCACACUGUAUGAACUGGCCACGGGACGGUUCCCCUACCCGAAGUGGAACAGUGUGUUCGAUCAGCUGACGCAGGUGGUGAAGGGCGACCCGCCGCAGCUCAGCUGCUCAGAGGAGAGACAGUUCUCCCCCAAAUUCAUCAACUUCGUCAACCUGUGCCUUACAAAGGACGAGUCAAAAAGGCCAAAGUACAAAGAGCUUCUGAAACAUCCCUUCAUUCAGAUGUACGAGGAGCGUACGGUAGACGUGGCCAUCUACGUCUGCAGGAUCCUGGAUCAGAUGCCCACGUCUCCCAGCUCCCCCAUGUACGUGGACUAAGACGAGACGCAAGCGGCGGCGUAAAGAUUUGCUUUCUCACAGAACGGCAGUAUUAAAACAGGAAAACAUACACGAGGGCACAGCGCUGCUCAAUUCAAGCUUGACUGUAAAACACCUCCUACCCACGUCUCUCUCUCUCUCUCUCUCUCUCUCUCUCUCUCUCUUACUGUCUCUCUCAACACACACACAUCUGUAAAGCGUAAACACACACACACGCCCGCGUAUCUGAUGGGAGGCGUGGCGGUCUGGUCUCUCAGAGUGAUUUUAAACAGAUAUAAAGUAAUGAAAUAAUAAAUGAUAAAUAAGCCUGGAAUUGUAUUUAUACUUCUGAAAUCACUUAUGGAAUAUAUGAUUCUGAAAGCCUUCCACGUACUGGAAAUCUGCUCGUGUCUCGUCCCUCCUCUUCAUGUAUGUGCUAUUAAACGUGUGUUUUGUAUGUUAAGGUGAAUGAUGAUGCAGAGGUGGCCGGGGUUUCUGUAAUCCUCACUGUACAACGACUAUGUGCUGAUGUUAUUAAAAUAAAACUGAGGAAUAUGGAAA